GCAUUAAGCUCCUUUAAGCAUUAAGCCAACCAAAGUUGAGAAAAUUCAACCUAAGAUCAAAGUUGAGGUAUCUGAUACAAGGUUCGAGCGCAACCAAGAAGUGAAAAAUGCUCCUCCAGUUUUGCCUCCUCUUCAUUGCUGUGGCUGCUGUUAGCAGUCAGACACUGAAUUGUGCUGGCUUCCUCAGAUUACCAGACUACAAUGACAUCUCUGUUGAUUGUGGAACAAACUACAUUAGUCUAAUUAUACAGAUCUGCCCGGCUAUCUAUGCCGGCUACAACGAGACGUCACUUUUUGUCAAUGGCAUUACUAAUGACCCGAAUUGCAAAGGCACCGUGGAUAAUUCUGUUGUUCCCCCUGUGCUACGCUUCAACUUUCCCAUUGGUACAAACAACAGCUGUGGCAGCAUCCUCAAUACCACUAGCGCUGCAGGCACCGGAAUAUUCUCAGACUUUUCCAACAUUCAGUCACUAAACAUCAGUGGCUUGGUGCGAUCAGUUGACACCUCAGUGAGUGUGGUAACCUACAACACUGACCUGAAGUACUUUUACUCUUGUGCCUAUCCCCUGGAGUACCUGAUCAACAACACACGACUUGACGUGUCAUCUUCUGCCAUUGCAGUGAAGGACAGAAAUGGGAGUUUUAUCAGCACACUCAGCCUCAAGCUCUUCAGCGAUGCAAACUAUACCGCACCUCUUGUAAUUCCCACUCAGGGAAUCCAACUGAAGUCAAAUGUGUUUGUGAUGGUCCAAGCCACCAACCUUACUUCUCAGUACUAUGUGCUGCUGGACAGGUGCUAUGCUUCUGUGUCCCGUUACCCAACCAGCUCUACCUUCUUUAAUCUAUUUGUGGGGUGCACGAAGGAUCAGAUGACCAACAUCACGGAGAACGGUAUGAGUCAGACUGCUCGCUUUUUCUUCCCAGCCUUCCGAUUUACGGAGCAACAAAACCAAACUGUCUCUAGCUAUUACCUGCACUGCAUCACACGACUCUGUGAGAGCUCUGCCUGUGUUAACUUUAGGACCUGUACUGCAGGCAGAAGGAGAAGAGAGGUGCAGCCUACUGCUUUACCUCCAGAAGGAAUCACAGACUCUACCACUCUCACCUCACCCCUCAUCAUUACCCGAGCUGACAUCAACACAGCUUCAGGAACAAAAGAACAGCAAGUAUCAGCCAGUAACACUGGUUCAGACUCCUCUGUAGGCCUGGGUGUGGCAGUAGGCAUACUGGCGUUUGCCUGUGUUGGAACUGUAGUUAUAGGUGCUAUAUUCUACAAGAAGCUCAUUAUUACUGGAGUCUCCAAAAUCCUUCGUUAAAUGGACUGAAGUGACCUUUCUCCAGAACCACAACUGUAUCUUCUGUUAUUCCUACUCAUAUUUGCAUGGGCAAAAUAUUUUUGGUUUCUAUAAUAUGAUUUUCCUUUAUUUUUUGAGAAUCUGAGAAAAGAAGAAUGCACAAUGGAUGUAACUUGGCAUAGCACUAAAUUAGAAGUCAUUUCAAGUUUUGUUUAUUUUGGAAAACGUAUUGACUCUGCCUAAUAUAAAACAACACAUUAAAAAACCCACAUAUAAAGCUAUGUUAAGGGAUAUUUUCCAAGAAAGUACCUUAUUGUCUCUGGCUUAUUAUAUAAAAAAUGCACUUGCACACUGUAAAGGAUCUUUAUUAUGUUACUGAUUAUACAUUGUUGUCUUAAUUGUUAAUGUAUAUGUGUGAUUUUUUUAACUGAUGCAUGCAACAGAAAUAAAGAUGAU